AUGAAGCCCACCCCACUCAUCCUCCUCCUCACCCUCGCCACCACCACCACAACCGCCAUCCCGGCCCCAGACCAGCCAGCCGCCGCGCUGCAGCAGCGCAACACGGACACGCCGCCCUCUGACGAUACCACCACCACCACCACCACCACCACCACCACCCCAUUCUUCUUCUCGGUUGACGACAACGCCAACGAUAGCGGUCUUGCCGCGCGGGCCAAGUCGCAGAAGUGGAACGCGUCCGGCGGGUGCAAGACCAACUGGGGCGGCCGGUGCCUUAAUACCUGCAAGAAGGAGGCCAAGAAGAAGGGGUACUCGUGCAAGAAGGUGGUGGAUCAUAUUUGGAAGUCGGAUUUCAACAACACCCAUCCCACGAGUGGCAGGCCCGGCCAGGAUAUUGCCAAAGCCGAUAGAUAUCACAGUGGUGAAACACCAGCUUCGAGACAUCCACGACCAUACCAAGGCAAAUCCGGCGCAGCACCUCCGGCUCGAGACCCUUGUCAUCGGUGGCCAGAUACAACUCCAUCACCUGCCCCCGUCCACGCCGCGAGCGGCUUUAGAUUUCCACCCUGCCAUCUUCUCGCCUAUCCCAGCCACCCGUUGGACAUAGCGCCGCCGCACCUCCUCGCCUAUAGCCGGCCAGGCCUUUGCGAGCGUCAGGUCCGGGACGCGGGAAUUGACUAG